AUGACGACCGUGUUUCCUACGCAGCGUUUGCACAACAAGACGGUGCUUGUCACGGGUGCCUCAGGCGGGAUUGGCAAGGAGACCGCCAUCCUGUUCGCGCGCGCUGGGUGCAAUGUGAUUCUUACCGCACGUCGAGCGGAAGAGCUCGCUGUCGCCGCCACCGAAUGCUCGCUCGCCAAUCAGCAAGGCCAGACGGGCGCGGGCGGAAACUUUGUCGCCAUCACACUCGACAUGCGCGACCGCAGCCAGCUCGACGGCCUGCUCUCCUCACUCCCUGACUGGGCCAAAGACAUUGACAUCCUGGUCAAUAAUGCCGGUCUCGUCCUCGGCACUGACAAAGUCGGCGACAUCUCGCCCGACGAAAUCGACGUCAUGAUCGACACCAACGUCAAAGGUCUCAUCCACCUUACACAGAUUUUUGUGCGAGAAUUCAAAAAACGCAACUCGGGCCAUAUCAUCAAUCUCGGCAGCAUCGCCGGUAGAGAAGGCUACCCGGGAGGCUCCAUCUACUGCGCCACCAAGUUUGCGGUAAAUGCCUUCACUUCGGCGCUGUUGAAGGAGCUCGUGGAUACGCCGAUCCGAGUCACCGAGAUUCAGCCAGGCAUGGUCGAGACCAGCUUCAGCGUGACCAGAUUCCGAGGCGACAAGAACGCCGCCGAUAAGGUGUACCAGGGUCUGCAACCGCUCAGUGGACAGGACAUCGCUGAAGAAAUCGUCUGGGCCGCCAACAGGCCGCCGCAUGUCAACAUUGCCGAGACGCUCGUCUUCCCUGUCAACCAGGCCAGUCCGUACCAUGCUUACCGUGGAGGAAAAUAG